UCAUAUUUUCAUUUGAGGACCACUUUUCCUUCUUCUUCGAAGGAAGUUACUCCACAAUUCCGAAAGAAAAUCUCUCUCGAUUUCGCCUUCAAAAUCGUUGUCGUUUUCGAAUGCAAUUCGAUUUUGUUUCGAUCGAUUCGAUGCGAUGAUGAGUUUGUAUUGAGUCUCAAGUGAUUAUUUCUUCGUGAAAAAAGCGAAAGCAAUGUGGUUUUCGUUCUGGAGAUCCAGGGAUCGCUUCUCCUUAGAGCAGCUCAGGUAUUUGAUUGAUCAGCUGGUGAAAGUUCAAAUUGUUAAUGAGGUUAACAAGGAUUUUGUUAUUGAAGCGAUUAGAUCAAUUGCGGAGUUGAUUAUAUGGGGUGACCAGAAUGAUGAUUCAGCCUUUUUCGAGCUUUUCAUGGAGAAACAAAUUAUGGGGGAAUUUAUACGUGUAUUAAAGACGAGCAGGACAUUAGCCGUUUCAUUUCAGCUAUUGCAGUCCAUGAGCAUUUUGAUUCAGAACCUAAAAAAGGAACAUGCCAUAUAUUAUUUGUUAGGCAACGAACAUAUGAACCACUUAAUAACGUAUUCAUUUGACUUCCGGAAUCAAGACCUAUUAAACUACUACAUAUCCUUCUUAAGAGCAAUAAGUGGAACGCUAGAUAAGAAUACAAUUUCUCUGCUUGUAAAGGCUCAAAAUGAUGAAAUAGUUUCUUUUCCGCUAUAUGUUGAGGCAAUACAAUUUGCUUUCCAUGAGGAGAGCAUGAUCCGGACAGCGGUACGUAAUUUGACACUUAAUAUAUAUAUUGCUGGAGAUGAUUCUGUAAAUAGAUACGUCACCAGUGCUCCUCACGCAGAGUAUUUUUUAAACCUGGUCACAUUUUUCCGCAAGCAGUGUAUCGACUUAAACCGAUUGGUCUCUGAUGCUACGAAAAAUCCCAGUCAAGAGAUAACUUCAUCAAUACUUGAUGCUGUACAUGAAAUCGAAGACAGUCUCUACUAUUUUAGUGAUGUGAUUUCUGCUGGAAUUCUUGAUGUUGGGAGACUAAUGACAGACAACCUUUUGCUGCUUUUGAUAUUCCCGAUUCUUCUUCCUUCGCUAACAAUACAAACCGCUAAUGAUAUGCAAUUUGGUGCAGUCACUUCUCUAUAUUUACUAUGCUGCAUCCUGCGCAUGGUCAAAAUCAAAGAUAUGGCAAAUGUUAUUGUCGCUGCUCUCUUUUGUUCUUUGGCCUUUUUACCAAAGUCUGGAGCUAAACCCAAUGGUUGUCUGUCCGCUCACGGAUUCCCACAUGAAAGUGAGGUGAAUUCUUGCAGCUUAAGAUUUGAUGAUCGGAACUCUUCUAGCUCUUCACAUACUAACCCGGUAGAUUUCAUGGAAACUGAUGGUCAUGAUUCACGUUUGACUUUGAGGGAGACUUUGCUUUACUAUGUGACUAGGGGGAAUGAUGUACUAGUUUUCGGUUCUUUGUGUGUGCUCGCUACAUUGUUGCAAACAAAAGAACUAGAUGAGUCCAUGCUAGAUGCUCUUGGAAUUCUUCCACAACGUAAGCAACACAAAAAACUCCUGCUGGAAGCUUUGGUGGGUGAAGGCCCGGGUGAAGAACAGCUUUUCUCUUUGGAAAGUAAUUCAAUGAGAGAGAGUAUUGGUAGCGAGCUGAAUGGCUAUCUAAAAAAGCUGAAGGACAAGUACGGAGUGGAGUGUUCUUGCCAGGAUGUGGGAGCCAGCCCUCGUGUACACAGAUUUCAGGUCCUUGAUGCGUUGGUCAGUCUAUUUGCCCGUUCAAACAUAUCUGCAGAGACUCUGUGGAAGGGCGGUUGGCUUUUGCGGCAACUACUUCCUUACAGUGGGGCAGAAUUCAACAGCGACCACCUCAACUUGUUAAAUGAUUCAUAUAGAAACAGUGCUAGUGCUCUUCUGGAGGAGGUUAGAGGAAGUUGGCCUGAUCUUCUUAUAAUAGUCCUCUGUGAUGAAUGGAAAAGGUGCAAAAGAGCGAUUGAGACUUCGUCUCCUCGUAAAGAGCUUGAGUCUAUUCUGUUGUCAUCGCAGUUGUCUUCUGCUGAAGGCGAAUCCUCAUUUACUGCUGGAGAAAGAAUGUGUGAAUCGGUGAAGGUAUUUGUACUUCUGCAUCAAGUUCAAACAUUUUCUCUUGGUAGAGCUUUGCCAGAUCAACCGCCCAUCAACCCUCCAGCACCUGUUUCUGAAAAUGUUCGAGCCAAAACUGCUGGUAUAGAUGCUUCAGGUCCAAAGCCAGGGAACGAGCUAAAACUUGUUGAUGCCGUGCCUUGUCGAAUUGCAUUUGAGAGGGGUAAAGAACGCCAUUUCUGCUUUUUACCAAUCUCUUUGGGAAUGUCCGGUUGGGUUGUCUUAGCGGAAGAAUUGCCCCUAAAGCAGCAUUAUGGAGUUGUUCGUGUUGCUGCACCUUUAGCUGGCUCAAAUCCACGAAUUGACACCAAGCAUCCUCGAUGGCUACACUUACGGAUCCGGCCAUCCACUUUACCGUUUGUCGAUCCCUCUAAAUCCGGUGCCUACGGGAAAGCCAAGACAAAAGCUUUGGUUGACGGGAGAUGGACAUUAGCAUUUAGAGAUGAGGAAUCCUGCAAGUCUGCAUUAUCUAUGAUUCUCGAGGAGAUUAAUCUUCAAAGCAACGAGGUGGAGAGGAGAAUAAAACCAUUAUUUGAUAUGGGAAGUGCUGUGUAUACUUCAAAUCCUUCUUCGCAUCAACCCGACUCUUCAUCUUCAUGUACAACACCUUCAAACUCAUUGUAAGUUUCUAACUUUGCUUGGAAAUUUUCCAAUAAUAUAUAGUCUGCUAUACUAGUGGGGUGGUGAGAAUAUAUUAUGCCCGGUCACCCUUUUUGUAUAUGGUCAGUGAAACCUUAGGCAUACCGCGAAAUGUAGAUUAGCAUCCACUAUUUAUUUCCAUUCUUUGCGUACUAGGUUUUGUUGUCUGUUUGUAAUCUUAUUGGUUUCUCUCGCAUUCUUUAGUAGCAGUAGCACUAAGUUUUUUCCCUUCUCAAUUCUUAAGAAGUGAAUUCUGUAUAUUUGAGUCGAUUCCAUAGUGAAAGCUUCGGUUCGUCA